UUGGAAGUUUCAGAAUAAACUUUUCUUUAAAUGUUUCCUGUUUCGCCAGCAGUUUUUUCGGCGAAUAAAGGGAAAAUGGAUUGCGUGGGUUGGCACCAGGGCACUCAUUAACGCUCGAUUUGUAUAAAUGUUUGCAUUUAGAAACCUUUCCAAUUCAGUCUAACGCCAGUAGCUUCUGCACCGCGAGAGACACCGCAGGGGAGUCCUCUAGCUAACUAACGUUAGCUUUUGGAUGAAGCGCUGCAUCAAAGAGUAAAACAUCGAAGUUAGCAUUCAGAUACCAGCAGCUGGAGUUGGGAAAACUGGCACUGGACUGGAAAUUGGCCUGUACUGGACCUGGCUGUACUGCACAUUGACGCCAAAGUAGGCUACCGGCCUGCACUUCAUAUUUCGCAUAGGAUGGAGCUGUGCGCUCCCGGGAGUGGUCGGUGUACUGAAUGUUGAUUGGGUGGUGGACUGCUGAAGGUCUUGGCUGCACACGGUGACUCCGCCCACUCGCUAGCCCUGCUCGCUGUGACUCCGCCUCUCUGCGGCUCUGCCUGGCUUUCGGGCUGAGAUGGAGGAGUCAGCCAGCUGCCCCAAUGUCAGCAUCCCCUGCCACGAUGAACAGAGAGACAAGAACAAGCGCUACACUGUUUACAAAGUGAUGGUCAGCGUUGGCAGGCACGAGUGGUUUGUCUUCAGGAGAUACACAGAAUUUGAUAAGUUGCACAACACUUUACGAAAACAGUUCCCUUCCUUGAAUUUGAAGCUACCAGCGAAGAGAAUAUUUGGGGACAACUUUGAUCCAGAAUUUAUAAAGCAGAGGCGAGCAGGUCUGCAUGAAUUCAUCCAGAGAAUAGUCUCUCAUCCUCAGCUCAGCAACCAUCCUGAUGUUCGAGCCUUCCUUCAGAUGGACAAACGGAACAACCUCUCUGAUGGCUCAGAAGAUGAGGAUGAAAAAAGCAGUCCCACCUCACGGGACAUUAACCUGGGCCCUUCCGGAAACCCUCAUGCGAAGCCCACAGACUUUGACUUUCUAAAAGUCAUUGGGAAGGGGAGUUUUGGCAAGGUUCUCCUGGUCAAGUGCAAACUGGAUAGGAAGUACUACGCCAUCAAGGUCUUACAGAAAAGAAUCAUUUUAAACAGGAGAGAGCAAAAGCACAUCAUGGCAGAGCGUAACGUUCUCCUGAAGAACGUCCAGCACCCUUUCCUGGUGGGGCUCCAUUACUCCUUCCAGACCCGGGAUAAGCUGUACUUUGUGCUGGAUUUCGUCAAUGGGGGAGAGCUCUUUUUCCAUCUUCAAAAAGAACGGACAUUUUCAGAGGGCAGGGCCAGGUUCUACAUCGCAGAAAUAGCAAGUGCUCUGGGUUAUCUGCACGCACUAAACAUUGUUUACAGGGAUUUGAAACCAGAAAAUAUUCUUCUCGACUUCCAAGGACACAUUGUUUUAACAGACUUCGGUUUAUGCAAAGAGGGCAUAUCCCACGAUGAAACCACAAAUACCUUUUGUGGAACACCAGAGUACCUGGCUCCAGAGGUCCUGAGGAAGCUUUCCUAUGACAGUACGGUGGACUGGUGGUGUCUGGGUUCUGUCCUGUAUGAGAUGCUCUUUGGUCUGCCUCCAUUCUACAGCAGGGACACCCAGGAGAUGUACGACAACAUCCUGCACAAGGCGCUGACGAUGCGACCUGGAGCCUCGAGCGCAGCCUGGUCCCUCCUGCAGGGCCUGCUGGAGAAAGACUGCAGCAGAAGGCUGGGUGCCACAGAGGACUUCAAUGAAAUAAAAAGACACAACUUUUUCACAUCCAUCCACUGGGAUGACCUGGUACAGAAAAAGAUUUCACCCCCGUUUAACCCUAACGUGAACUCAACGUAUGACAUCACAAACUUUGACCCGGAAUUCACAAACGAGAUGGUUCCAAACUCACUCUGUAACUCCAUCCAGCACUCUGUAGUCAACGCCAGCGUUCUGGAGGCUGAUGACGCUUUCCUGGGUUUCUCCUAUGCCCCGCCCUCCGACGACUCCUUCCUCUGAAUGCCCCGGCGCCUUAAACCAGCUUGUGCCUCUCUUGCACCUGUGUGAAUUCUCUAAGGGGCCUUUAAACUGCUGUAUUUCUGCCUGGAGAAACUGGCCAAAAAUGAGUUUGUAUUUCAGAUUUCAUCAAUCCCAACUGAGAGUAAAACAUUCAUCAACAAAGAGCACUUAGAGAUAGUUUAGACAGCUGGCUGUGUUCACAUUUCUUUUUAAAAUAAACAUCAUAGGGCCACUAGUUCAUGUUGCUGGGAUACUGAGUUCCAGUGUGUUAGUGGUUCUGGUUCUGAUGUUAAACGAUGCUGUUGCUGUAUCAGUGCUAACCCGCAGCCCCAUAGUGUUUGGCAAUUUCCAAUGGCAUCGCCCAAGCUGGAGGGAUUUCGUUGGUGAGACUAGCCUCGUCUCACUGCACUCUAGCGCCUCCCCUGGUUAUUUUCACACUUGCAGUCUGUUAGCCCAUCUCUGUAUAAAGUGUACAGACUCCUCCACUAUGACUGCGCAGCUCUGUAUGAGGUAUAGUCCUCCGACUGCAGCUCGGCUGGUGGAGUGAGUGACUGUGAGCGGGAAGUGUGACCCGCUCUAUCAUAAUCAGUCGUAAGUAGCGACGGCCAAUUUCACAUAAAUCGAUGUUUAUGUAAAAAUUAUUUUGGGCUGUUUUAGGUUCAUCUUCAUUUUGCUUUCAUAAUCUGCAUGUCGAAUUGUGAAUUCAGGGUAAAAAUACAUUUUUUAAGCUUUUAAGCGCAAUGUGAAAGUAACACCUGAAUGCAUUAUUUGGCCAGCUUGUCCCCUUCACCAGUCACAAUCAAUAAGCUGCACUCAUGGCUACAUGUUAAUGUACUUGCCUUCAUGGUCUGUAUGUCUUAAUGUCAAGAGUAUAUGUUCAGAGUAAAAAAUAUUGUUUUAAAGGGUUUAUGCAUAAGACGACGAGUUAUAGCACCGGAGUUUCAUUAGCCCAGUGUUGGUAAUCUUUCAGCCUCAUGUAACUCUCGCAACGAAACUUUGAAGCUGUUUUUCUCAAAAACAUACUUUGGCGGCACUCAAAAUGAAAUGGGACGCAACCCCCUUGAUUUCUGGAGUAGAGAGAUAACUUUGGUAUUGUUAGAAAGCUUACAUUCUCCUGGUUUCUAAAAGUCAAUACGACUGAUUUUGAUGGAGCAGGUCACAAGUGUGCGUCUGCACUCUCCCACAUCCAUGAUGAACCAGUCUUUAGAUGAGCCAACAAAUUUGGCAAAAACAAUAAAAAGAAGCUUUAGUUUGAUUUGGGUUUAAUGAAAACUAACUACAUGAAUAUUAAAUGGUAUGUGUAUAAACACAUAUGAUUUCUAACCCUUUGCACAGUAUUAGUCAUAUUCCACUAUCACAUAUAAUGUGGGCCUAUAUAUUUUGUUAAAAUCAUAAGAUUUUGCUAACAUUUCAGUUGUCUUUAUACAUAUUACAUUCAUUGUAAAGGUAUGGGACACUUCAUGCCGUCACCCAGUUCUCAGUAAUAUUUGUUCUAUCUGCUGUAGUUCAGAAACACAAUCACAGAAAUGUACUUGCACUUAACUUGAUAUAUAGAAGACUCAUUGAUUUAAAAAUGUAACCAUAAUAUUCAUAAAUAUGUUAAGCUCAAAGCCAUAUUUAUGUUAAAUCUCUUGUUGUACUGUAUUUUUCCUCUUACUCUGGACCGAAAACCUCAUUUUUAGCUCAAAUCUGCUGCUCAAACUGCAUCUCAUUCUAUGUACAAUCACUUGGAUCAGGAGUGUUAAAAAGUCCUGGGGGGCCACAGGUUAAUGCUAACCCUGGGGGGCACAGAUUCUACAUGGCUUCCCUUCAGUCCACAGUUAUUUUAGGCCUUGGGAGCAAGGUGUGGUCUGAAAUGUGUGUGGACUCAUAGAUGAAGUUUCAAGAGUUAGAACACUCAACGAUGGCCUUCCUGGGGUUUGACACCCCUUGUUUAAAUUUUUGAGCCAGGUAAAGAUUAAUUGUGUUGUGUAUAUUGUUUAGUUUGUCACUAAUGGGUAACAGAAGGAAAAUUGAAUCUAUUUCAAUAUAUUGUAAAUGUGACAUAUGAAAAUAUGAAUAUAUUUCCCAGCAUUGUAUUUUUACGUAUUGCAAUAUCUGAAGAGUUUUUGUAUUUGCCCACAUAUUUUGAUGUGUUACUAUGUCUUGAUAAAUCUGUUUUAUGUCAGAAUAGAUAUAUUUUCAGUAUAUUUAAUUUCCCUAUGGGAUUAAUAGGGAAAUGAACCUGACAUGGUAUUAGUUUAACAAUAACAUUAAAAUGAAGGGGGAAGUGUACAGUACCGCAGCAUGAAUGAGGGUGCAAUAAGUGCUAUUGACUUUGCCUCAGCCAGCUGGUGUUUGAAAACCACACUGGGGGCUACCAAUUGCCAAUGGUCCACGGUGUUCCCAAAGGUGGACCCACCCAAAGUGCCCUUAAAGGGUGAACAGUCACACUUCCCUUUUUAUUUUAUUGUACUUGUAUUCUUAACAUCAGCAAUUUCUGCAGUAGCUGGUUCCCAUUUAAUAUAUUGCAGAUCAAGACUGUACAGUAGUAUUCAGUGUGUCAUCUGCAUAUUAACGCUUGAAUGAAAUUAUCCUGCAGUAUUUGGUGAUCUCCCUCAUUAGUAGGAACUGUGCCAUGUCACAAUUUGUACCUUUGCUGUCUUGUAAAGCUUAUUUUUGUCUGCAAUGAUCAGUCUUUGAAGAUUAUAGAACAAUUAGUACCUUUAACUGUACAAUUACAAAUGUUCUCAGUC